CUAUUCCAGUUCGCCGAUCUAACAGUGGUACUUACUGCAAUGUCAGAAGUGCUCAAUCUUCGGGAUAAGAGUUUAUUAGCACUUGAAACAACAACAUUGGUACGGAAAUUCCCGGAUAUCCAUGUUGAACUUCUUAGUGCUCUUAUACAAACUCGCGAAGAUAUGGGACGAGUGGAAGCCAGGUGCACUCAUCAUCCGAAGGGAGAUGCCGUAUUCGCGAAAUUAUUCCAAGCUUGCAAGACCGGGCCAAAGAGGAUUUUUGGUCUCGAAGAAACCAUGGAACAUAUGUUUGUUAAACUUAUCUAA